ACGAUAUAUGACUGUAAAACACUUUGUUGCAUCCUGUAUAUUGAGAAAAGGACAGAAUUGUUUUUUUUAUAAACAUGGUUGUAAGGAUUACAAAAUUUUGGAGGGAUGGAAAGACAAGCCGAUCUCCUCGAAAGAAGUCUCGGAGGAUCGGAGAAGCCACGACACGGGUGUAGAAAAGUUUUGGUCAGCGGAACACUACUCUAGCACGCAGUUUGCGGGCAGUUUCAAAAUGGCGACUCAUGGUCCCGAAAGUUUUCGACAAUUUGUUUCAAACCCAUGGUUUUCUUAAAGCACAAAAACGUUAGUCGUUAUCAUGGAUUCUGAUGGCAUUCGACGGCCUCCAAAGCCAGCGCCUCAGCUUUCGACUACCUUGUUCAUGAGUCCGCAGCUAGAUCUCACUCCUGAGAAGAAAGCAAAGAAACCCAAACAGAAUGGCCAAAAGAACAUUUCAGAGGCGCCCACUGAAAAUAAGACGGAAGAAAGCAAGGAAAUCUAUGCAUGCCUGACACAACCAUCAAUGAACUCCACCAAACGAGUUAGUAGAAAACUUCUGGCUCUUCAACGGGAGCAGUUUGAUGCAGUUGCUGCAAUAGCUGAAGAACUUGAACAAUCUGAAACUACACGAACAAACCUGGGAGAAAGAGUUGCUCAGGCAGUCAAUGUAAAGAAGGGAAAUCACAUUUAUUCGGACUUGGUUUCCCUUGAUGUUGAUGCGGAAGAAGUGCUUGCUGAGUGUGCUCAUCCAAAGGCACGGAGCAGUACAAACAAGACAAACAAGCUUCUUUCACAGGAGCCAGACAUCAUGGCUUUCUUUUCAGAAGAUUUUGAGACGCAAAUGGCACAUUUUGACCAUGACUUGUUCUAUAGAGAGGAGCCAUUGCCACAACCAUCAGCAGCUCCAAUAUCUCAUUUAUUUGAUUUGUAUGAACAUAUUCAGUGCUGGCAAGAACAAUAACAUGAGUAUUACACAGUAAUGAAUUAAGACAAGUCACACAACAAAGAGGGAAAAGUCAAAUAGCAGCAUAAAUAUAACAGAUUAGACAGGGACCUCUGAACCAACAAAUCAUAUCAAAUCAUAUCUUUUGACCUGUUUCAGUUCCUCAUUGACACCUUGCUUUGAAAACAUAUCUCAAACCCUGAUAAAGAAUGACACUUAGAUAAUCAAAAUCUCUUAAGAGUGAAAUCCAAAAAAAAAAUUGAUAAUAGUUUUAAGUAAAGAAAGUCAAAAUAAGUGUAAUUAAAAGCAAAUUGAAUGACACUUUGCCUGCUUGCCAGGUGUUCAAGUUGCUGCUGUUCAAGUUAGUUAAGCACUUUGAGGUUGCAUUUGCCCAGUUUCUAUACGGCUUUCUCCCAGGCCUUCGCGCUCAAUUGAUUUUGGUGACAUGACCGAGACAAACGGCCACUUUUCACAAAUUACCUCAGACCAUGUGACCUGAAAAUGAUUGACCACAGCAAAACAUCGAGGCCUAGAAGUAGACAAAGGUUGCAUAAUGAAUCAUGCAAUGGUGGUUUUGGACACACAAGGAUGUUAUAUUUGAUUUGUUCAGGCCCUAGUUGUUGGAAGGCUGGAUAAAUUGCUAUCCAGCAGAGAAGUGUUGACAAAACAAACCAUGCUAUCCCCUGGAUAGUGACUUCAGACUCUGAUGGAUAGUGCUAUCCACCUUUCAAACAAGCUAGGCCAGGGCACUAAAAGUUAGAAUUUGGGGAAGGUAGCUUAUUAGAAACAAGGCAUUCAUAAUUUUUAUCAUUUUGUUUUUCCAUUUAACAUCAAAAUGUGUUAUUACUCAUGGAAUUAACUCAAUAAUAAAAAAAAAGUCAUUUCUGACUCAAAGCUCGACUAAAAUGUUGCCUACUGAACUACACUAUUACGAAAAAACUGUAAGACUAAGCGCACUUCUGUAUUAAGGGCGAAGCUAACACCUUGUUGAUGGUAUAAAGGAGGACUACAUUUAUCAGAAAUAUAUUUACUUUUUACAUAGUUCACUUUACUAGUGCAAAUACGUUGAAAGCCCAUGUGUGAAUUGUUUCAUAAAAUCUGAACAUGACCCCAGUGAAAAGAGCAACUUAGUAAAGGUAUGCAUAUAGUUAAAUGUGCAAAUUCA